UUCUUCUCACAGAUGUCCUCUGUUCAUUUGGACCGAGUUGGCGUGCAAGUGGAGGCCGGCUGGGGAGUGCACUGGGCGCACGGCGGAGCCAUGUGAAGACCAGGGAGCCUGAAUCUUUUAUCGGAGGAAUGACCACCUUGCAGAUAGCACGAUUAUGACACUGCUGUUUUCUCCUGCAUGGCCGCACAUUUCUCCACUCGACUUCCCGUUUGCAUCGGGCAAGAGGACGUAAAACUAAAGGGGACACUGUGCUCUUUCGAGCCGGGAGCCGCUGCGCACAAUCGGUGCGCUCCUGCAGACUGACUGCGCCCAGAAAGCGGUCAGCGGAGCGCUCCAUGCCUCCGAGCCUCAGAUAGACACUUUACCCCGGCGGGAUUCAACGCACCGACGCCCUUUAUACUCCAUUAUUGUUCCACUCCAAGUCUGCUGCGGAAGAAGAGCACAAAAAGAGAGGUCAUCUUCAAGUUUACGCGCGUUUUCGCAGGUUCCGGACGAUGGCGUUCCUGGCGAAAGCUGCGCUGCUUCUUCUGGCUGCCACAGUGCCACAAACUGCGUUGUGUGCAGAGGUGGAGGAACGUCUGGUGGGUCACCUGUUGUCGGCGGAUCGCUACAAUAAACUGAUCAGACCGGCCGUCAACAACAGCCAGCAAGUCACCAUUUACAUCCAAGUGUCUCUGGCACAGCUCAUCAAUGUGAACGAGAGGGAACAGAUCAUGACCACCAACUGUUGGCUCACUCAGGUGUGGAACGACUACAGAUUAAUGUGGGACCCCGAUGAGUAUGAUGGCAUCAAGAAAAUCCGCCUCCCGACACAACACAUUUGGCUGCCAGACAUCGUCCUUUACAACAAUGCUGACGGCACCUACGAAGUCUCCUUCUACUCCAACGCGGUGGUCUCCAACAACGGCGAGGUGGCUUGGCUCCCUCCCGCCAUUUACAAGUCGGCCUGCAAGAUCGAAGUCCGCGACUUUCCGUUCGACCAGCAGAACUGCACCCUCAAGUUUCGCUCAUGGACGUACGACCACACCGAGAUCGACCUGAUCCUGCUGAGUGACUUUGCCAGCCGCGACGAUUUUAAACCCAGCGGCGAGUGGGAUAUCGUUUCGCUGCCGGGACGCAAGAACGAAGACCCGGAUGACAUCAGGUACCUGGACAUCACUUACGACUUCAUCAUUAAGAGAAAACCUCUCUUCUACACCAUCAACCUGAUCAUCCCUUGCAUCCUGAUCACAUCUUUGGCCAUUCUGGUCUUCUACCUGCCAUCAGACUGCGGUGAGAAGAUGACGCUGUGCAUCUCUGUGCUCCUGGCCCUCACUGUGUUUUUACUCCUUAUCUCAAAGAUUGUACCACCCACGUCUUUAGCGGUGCCUCUGAUCGGCAAGUACCUGAUGUUCACCAUGGUGCUGGUCACCUUUUCCAUCGUCACCAGUGUUUGCGUGCUCAACGUGCACCAUCGCUCCCCUAGUACGCACACCAUGCCUCCCUGGGUCAAACGUGUCUUCAUGUACCGACUUCCCUCCUACCUUUUCAUGCGGAGACCAGGCAGAUCCAACAUACGUGAAAGGUUCCGGAAAAAACACCAACAGCGAUCGUACUCCGAGAAGAAAGCGGGAGCAGAUGCGGGGGCAGGUUCUCUGGGACUGGCGGACUCCUCGUCGUCCUUCUAUGUCAACGAGGAAUCGGCCAAACGCUACGGCUGGACGUUCAGCGACUUUGCCGACAACACAGAGUUCAGGAGGAGGGCGACGCUGAAAAGCAGCAUCGAUGUGGAGGAUGCCGUGGACGGUGUGCGCUACAUUGCGGACAAGAUGAAGAGUGAGGACGACGAUGAAGGGAUCAUUGAGGACUGGAAGUACGUGGCGAUGGUGAUCGACCGCCUCUUCCUGUGGAUCUUUGUGUUUGUAUGUGUGGUGGGAACUGUGGGCCUCUUCAUGCAGCCUCUGUUCCAGAGCUACAACACCCCCAUUGUUGAAGACAUGGACCAGAACUGAGGGAUGACACCUGGACAUAAAAAAAAAAAAAAACAACAAAAAAAUCAACCUUAAUUCCGACUCCACUCUGCAAAGCGCCAAGCCACUCCUUUUAUCAAGUUACAGUUUGUCCACCUCACCUGCCACUCUUGAUGCACUUUAGCCCUCUUCCUUAACACCUGCUCCUGAACUCACGCCCCAGCCUUUUUAUCCUCCACGUGUCCUGCCUUCUGAUCAAGCAGGAGAACUGAGAUCUAUCUGAUUUCGAUGACGAGACUGCCGCUCUUGUUGCUUUCGUUGAAUCAAAGUCACUGAUAGUGAGCCUCACUGAAUAGGUUAUUGCUCACAUCUGGGACCAUGUUUACAGUGUUGGGUCCAAAUUGAUCUUCCUUGUAUGACCCUCUCUGAUUUCAAUGAUACUUUAUAUUGACCCUGGAGUAACUACUUCUACUAGUUCACCCUAAAGUUGUUUGAUGGCAUUUAGGUCAAGUUCUUCGGCACUAAACUCAUUCAAGCUUCCACUGAUGGACCUCGAUUUAUGCAAUGGGGCACAGCCAUGCCGAAACAGAAAAGUGGCUUCCACAAACUCACUGAUGCCCAGAACAUUCUGUUAGGAUGAAUAAUUAAAAUUUAAAGGGAAUUCAAGGGAGGAAAAGUAUGCUCCAAGACUUUAUUCCAUCCAUUGUAGCGUAUUGUAGAUUUUCUCGGUGUCAGCAGCUAUUUUGAAUUUGUCAUCCUGGCUUGCCAAUCCAGUGGUGGAGAUAAAUAUAAAUUCAAAAUGGUAAGUGACGUUUCAACAACGUCUUGUUGAUCUGUACAAAUCAAUAGCCCUGAAAAAUAAGUGAAGCCUGUUCUUCACUUGCAAAAAAAAAA